AGGAGUUUGUUUGUGCCACCUGUGCCAGAGGUUAACAAACCACGCAACACAACCAGCAAGCCCGCUAGCCCCGAAACACCGUUCAGCUUCCAAAAAAAAAAAAAAAAAAAAAAAAAAAAAACGACGAUGCGUAGCUUUGUGGUUUUCGCCGCCUGCCUGGCCCUGGCAGCGGCCGACAUUGGACUGAAGCUGCGCCAGGCAGCGGAAGCCCGUGCGAGCAGCAGCUACGACGUCGGCCAACAGUCGGUGGUAUCGCUGGAUUACGCCCCGACCCUCUUCCAGGAUACCGUGGCCGGUGCCGGUGCCGGUGCCACAGACUCGGAGCUCGCGCGCUCCGGUUUCGGCGGUGCCAGUGCGGCAGCGGGUGCGUCGGCUGGUGCCACCGCUUACGGUGGUGGUGCUGCGGCCACCGGUGCGUUCGGUCGAUCCAACGCGGACUACCAGGCAGGCUAUGAGGCGGGACUGCGGGCUGGCGCAUCGGCCGGUGCUUCGGCCGGUGCCACCGAUACCCGGUUCGGCGGUUUCGGUGGUGCGUUCUCGGGUGCCAGUGCUGGUGCGUCGGCCACGGCGACGGCUGCCGCCGCCGCCAAGACCAACGUCCGCUAUGCUGCCCCGGUGAUCCAGAAGCACUUCUACUACCAUGCCGCACCGGAGGAGCCACAGGCAGCGGCUGAGGCCGAUUCGCUGACCAUCACGCCCCGCAAGCACUACAAGGUGAUCUUCAUCAAGGCACCGACGGUGAGCGCCAACGCCGGUGCGGCGUCCCGUGCUGCCAGCCAGACCGAGGAGAAGACCAUCGUGUACGUGCUCGUUAACAAACCGGCCCAGGCGAACGCUGGUGCCGUCGCCGAUGCCAGCAGCUUCUCGUCCGGCAAGCCGGAGGUUUACUUCAUCAAGUACCAGGGCAAGGAUGCGGCCCAGGCCAUCGCUAACGCUCAGGCUAACUCGUUUGCUGGUGCGGAUGCCGGUGCUGCGUCGUUCGCUGAUGCCGGUGCUGCGUCGUACGCUGAUUCCGGUGCGUUCGGUGGUCCACUAGGGUUCGGUGGUGCCGGCACACUGUCCGGUGCCGGUGCAAGCGCGAACACCGCCAGCCUGGCCGGUUCCUACGGUCAGUACGAGGUCCGCUCGGAUGCCCUCUCGGGUGCCGGUGCAGGAGAGUUUGCCAGUGGUGUGGGUGGUGCAAGUGCUACCGCCAACGCCGCCGCCGCCACUGCCACCUCGGUGGUCGGUACCGCCGCGAACGACCUGCAGGAUACGGUCGUGUACUAAAAACUAAGGUGCAGCCCGAAGACGAACGACGCAGCACAAACGCCACGCAAAGAUGAGGAAGCCUCCUCAACCAAACUCAACUGCUGCAAGCAAUUGCACAGCCCCCCCCAUAAAACUGUU